GAGGGGCGUUCAGUGUCGGAGAGAAAUAAAAAGUGUCGGUAGUCGGUUUGUCUGUCAGACCUGCAGAGAGCGCGGAUGGUGAUCCAGGACACGAGCUGAACACUAGAACUGGAUCCUGGUCUCAGCUGGACCCUGCUGGACCCUGCUGGACCCUGCAGGACCCUGCUGGAGCCUGCAGGUCUGUGAGGGACCAGGUGAGCUGAGUGUUUUACCUGUGCAGCUGCUCAGAGAGGCAGAUCCCUCAGCAGCAGGAACACGCCCUGAUAUCCAGCAGAAGAAGGUGGACUGAGUGUGAUCCGGAUCAGACACCUGAGAACCAGCAGUCCUGAUGCUCCACCUCAGACCUGCACCGCCGGACUCCCUUCACCAGAUGAAACCAGGACGAGUUCACAUCCAGUUUGUCCCUGAGGACUUUUCUUCCCCUGGACAGCCCGAGGACAGCCUGCAGCUGGGUGUCUGUGCAGCAGAGUGUUGAUCCAGAUCCAGCUGCUGGUCUGCUGGUCUGCUGAGCACCAUGAGCAGGAAGACAAGGCGCUGGAUCUGCCACCUCCUCCUCUGCCUGGGAGUCCUGUACCUGCAGAUAGGGGGUCUGGCGUCGGUGGUUGCGCUGGGAGCGAGCAUCAUCUGUAAUAAAAUCCCCGGCUUGGCGCCCCGUCAGAGGACUAUCUGUCAGAGCCGACCCGACGCCAUCAUAGUGAUCGGAGAGGGCGUCCAGAUGGGGAUCAACGAGUGCCAGUUCCAGUUCAGACACGGACGCUGGAACUGCUCGGCGCUGGCGGAGAGGACCGUGUUCGGGAAAGAGCUCAAAGUGGGCAGUAAGGAGGCCGCGUUCACCUACGCCAUCAUCGCCGCCGGGGUGGCCCACGCCGUCACGGCGGCCUGCACCCAGGGGAGCCUGAGCGGCUGCGGCUGCGACAAGGAGAAACAGGGUUUCUACAACCAGGAGGAGGGCUGGAAGUGGGGCGGCUGCUCUGCAGACAUCCACUACGGCCUCGGCUUCUCUAAAGUGUUUGUGGACGCGCGGGAGAUCAAGCAGAACGCCAGGACGCUCAUGAAUCUACACAACAACGAAGUGGGACGCAAGGUGCUGGAGAAGGGCAUGCGUCUGGAGUGUAAGUGUCACGGCGUGUCGGGAUCCUGCACCACCAAGACGUGCUGGACGACGCUCCCCAAGUUCCGCCAGCUGGGCUACCUCCUCAAGGACCGGUACAACCAGGCUGUGCACGUGGAGCCGGUGCGAGCCAGCCGCAACAAGCGCCCCACCUUCCUGAAGAUCAAGAAACCGCACUCUUACCGCAAGCCCAUGGACACGGAGCUGGUCUACAUCGAGAGGUCGCCCAACUACUGCGAGGCCGACCUGCUGACCGGCAGCAUGGGGACGCAGGGUCGCCUGUGCAACAAGACGGUUCUGCAGCCCAACAGCUGCGACCUGAUGUGCUGCGGCCGAGGAUACAACACGCACCAGUACUCGCGCGUCUGGCAGUGCAACUGCAAGUUCCUGUGGUGCUGCUACGUGAAGUGCAACACCUGCAGCGAGAGGACAGAGGUGUAUACGUGUAAAUAGAGAUAUUUAUUGGACGUGUGUUUGGACCGUUCUGAUACGGAGCGACCGCCUCGCCGUCUCGGCAUUACAACGAUCAUGUGUUGAUUAUACUGAUGCCAAUGGACGUCUGCCACGACACUGGACUCAGAAACUCCUCUUUUUUAUUUUCAUUUUCAUUUGAACGCCAUUUCCUGCCCCAGGCUUGACUUCUCUGCAGGACGUACUGGUCUGUGUUUUUUCUAGACUAAUUAUUUAUUAAAUGAGAAAACUACUGAAAACUCACUGUUGACUACAUCCGGUAGGGUUUUAAUUUAGAUGCCUUCAAGUGCACUUAAAGGGACUCUAUGGAAGAAUCAGAAAUAGCUUGUUAACAGCGACACCUGGUGGCCGUUAAGUCAAUGACAGUCAGCGUUCUGUUGCUUGUGCUCGCGCUACGUAGACGCCAGCAAGCGAGCAUCGGUCAAAACCUUCCUGGACAUGAAAAAGUUUGAAAAAUCUCAAAAAUCUGUGUGCUGGAUUUUUCUAAAUUCCAUUUAUGUCCAUUGCUCAUUUUACGCUCCUCUGGGAAGCAGCC